GUUGACUCUUGGCUCAACCUUCCUAUCUCUCUCUUUCUUCCUUUCUCUUUCUCCUUAUAUGUUCCUCUUCUUCUUCGUUUCCCUUUUGGUCUUGCUAAGAUCUAAAAAAACAAAACCCUAGAAAAGAGAAGAACCGGAGGAGAAUCAAUUGGAGGAUAAAAUUGAUGGGAAGAGGGAAGAUUGUGAUCCAAAGGAUCGAUGAUUCUACUAGUAGACAAGUCACUUUCUCCAAACGAAGAAAAGGUCUUAUCAAGAAAGCCAAAGAGCUAGCUAUUCUCUGCGACGCGGAGGUCGGUCUCAUCAUCUUCUCCAGCACCGGAAAGCUUUAUGACUUUGCCAGCUCCAGCAUGAAGUCAGUUAUUGAUAGAUACAACAAGAGCAAGAUCGAGCAACAACAACUAUUGAACCCCGCAUCAGAAGUCAAGUUUUGGCAGAGAGAGGCUGCGGUUCUAAGGCAAGAAUUGCAUGCUUUGCAAGAAAAUCAUCGGCAAAUUAUGGGGGAGCAACUAAAUGGUUUGAGCGUCAAUGAGCUAAACAAUCUUGAGAAUCAACUGGAGCUAAGUUUGCGUGGGAUUCGCAUGAAAAAGGAACAAAUGUUGACUCACGAAAUCCAAGAACUAAGCCAAAAGGUCACAAUGAGAUAUAGGAACCUCAUUCAUCAGGAAAAUCUCGAGUUAUCUAGAAAAGUACAACGGAUUCAUCAAGAAAAUGUGGAGCUCUACAAAAAGGCUUAUACGGCGAGCACAAACGGGUUUAUACACCGUGAACUAGCUGUCGCGGAUGAUGAAUCCCAAUAUACUCAGAUUCGGCUGCAACUCAGCCAACCCGAGCAUUCCGAUUAUGAGACCCCACCAAGAGCAAGCGAAUGAUUGAAGUUCGAAGAUAUCAUGAUGCUGAAGAACAAAUCAAAGGUUUGGUUUUUAUUGGAAACAAAGAAGAAGCUCCAAGAAACCAAGCCAUGAUAAGCAGCAU